UUAGUUGAGGGUAUAAUUGUCCUCUUACGUUUUCCUCCAAUGUUUUUCACUAUAAUUACUAAAGUAAUAUUUCAACUUUGGCAAUCUAAUUCCUUACGUAUACUCUUCUAAUCUAUCUGAAAAUAAUUCGAUUUUAUUUUUUUCUAUUUGAUCGAAGCAAAAAUUAAAUUGUGAAUUUUGGAUUUUUUAAUUAAUGGAUGGGAAUAAUUGGAGGGCGGCUCAGGGUGGUGGUGACACUGGCGCUGCCGGAGGUGCCGCCGGAACGGUCGCCGGAGCUAUGGAUUCCGGUGAUUGGAGGACUCAACUUUUGCCCGAUUCUCGCCAAAGGAUUGUCAACAAGAUAAUGGAGACCUUAAAGAGGCAUCUUCCUGUAUCUGGGCAAGAAGGAGUACAGGAGCUUAAGAAAAUCGCUGUGAGGUUUGAGGAAAAGAUUUAUAGUGCUGCUACAAGUCAGCAAGAUUAUCUGCGGAAGAUAUCUUUAAAGAUGCUGACAAUGGAGACAAAAUCUCAAAAUCCUAUGACCAAUUCUGUUCAGCCCAAUUCUGCAAGUAGCGGUCAGAAUGCCCUUGGCCCAGGAUCCAACAGCAUGCAAUCCCAAGUUAACAGCCAAGCGCAGCAACUUCCUGGACCGAUGGUGACCAAUCAAACUCAAACACGACAACCACUGUUGCAGCAAAACAUUCAGAACAACAUGGCAUCAACUGGGCUGCAAAAUUCCGCUAGCUUGACUCCCGCCCUGCCUCCAGGGAGUAAUUUGACUCAUGGUGCCAUGCCAAAUGUCGUGGGCCAGAAUUCAAAUUUGCAAAACAUGCCAAAUGUUGGUCAAAACUCAGUAGGAAAUGCCAUAGGGCAGGGGAUGCCUCCCAAUAUGGUUGCUAAUUCUCAGAGGCAGAUGCAGGGAAGACAACAACAGGUUGCUUCUCAACAGCAGCAGCAGUUUUACCAGCAACAGCUGCAUCAUCAAAUGAUAAAGCAAAAAUUUCAGCCAGGAAACACGUCACAGUCCUUGAUGCAAUCUCACAUGCAGCAACAGCCGCAGGAGCAGCAACAACAACAACAACAACCGCAGCAGCAACAAAACCUUCUACAACCUACUCAGACGCAACCUUCUCAGCAAGCUAUGAUGCAACCUUCUUCAAUGCAGUCAACUUCUUUGUCCAACCUUCAGCAGAAUCAACAGUCUACUGUCCAACAGUCCACUCAAUCUGUUCUUCACCAACGGCAACAAUCAGUUAUGAGACAGCAGCAGACUCCCAUGCUUCAUCAACAGCAAUCGUCAAUGCUACAGCAACCAAUUUUACCAGCGCAACAGCAGCAGCAGCAGCAGCUGAUUGCACAACAGACGAAUGUUGCAAAUCUCCAGCAGAACCAAUUGAUAGGUCAACAGAACACGAUGUCUGAUGUGCAGCAGAGGCUAGUGGGCCAACAGAACAACUUAAACAGUCUGCAGCAGCAGCAGCAGCAGCAGUUACUUAAUCAGCAAAACAACUUUCAAAAUAUGCAUCAGCAACAGUUGGGCUCUCAAAGUAAUAUUGCUGGGGUCCAGCAGCAACAGCUGUCUGGAAGUCAACAACCUGGUAACUCUGGCUUGACUUCUAAUCAGCACCCUAUCCAUAUGAUGCAACAACCAAAAGUUCCUGUUCAACAACAAAUGCUUCAGAGUUCUACAACAGUGUUACCAAGUCAAGGUCAACAAUCGCAGUCGCAGCCAGCACAACAGCAAAUGAUGUCUCAGAGUCAAUCACAACCAGGACAGUUACAACCACCUUUGGGUUUGCAGCAACAGACAAAUCAAUUGCAAAGGGAAAUGCAACAGAGGCUUCAACCAUCAGCUCCCUUUCUUCAACAACAUAAUGCAAUGGAACAGCAGAAGCAACUAUAUCAAUCACAAAGAGCCGCACCGGAAGCCUCAUCAACAUCUUUAGAUUCUACUGCUCAGACGGGAAAUGCAAAUGCAGCUGAUUGGCAGGAGGAGGUGUACCAAAAGAUAAAGUCUAUGAAGGAGACGUAUUUGUCAGAGCUCAAUGAUCUAUACCAGAAAAUUGCUACUAAAGUUCAGCAGCAUGAUUCUCUUCCUCAGCGUCCUCAAAAUGAGCAAAUUGAAAAGCUCAAGAUGUUCAAGAUGACGUUGGAACGCAUUGUGCUUUUCCUGCGGCUUAACAAGCAUGAUAUUCAGCCUACUCACAAGGAGAAACUGUUUUCAGUUGAGAGGCACAUAAGUUUCUUUCUUAGUUCCAAUAGGCCACGGAAGCCUUCUUCUUCCCCACUGCAGGGACAACUUCCUCCGUCUUCCAUGCAGCUUCAGCAACCGCAAUCUCUGGAUGGUCAAACUAAUUCAUCGAUGCAACCAGUACAAGGUUCCAUGGCAGGAAUGCAACAGAAUAAUCUCACCAACUUGCAACAUAACUCCUUGUCUGGCGUACCAACAAUUUCCAACACUCAGCAACACAUGAUAAAUACAGUACAGCCGGGUUCCAGUGUGGAUUUGGGACAGGGUAAUUCAUUGAACUCACUGCAGCAGGUGGCUACUGGCUCUUUACAGCAGAAUCCUGUUAACAGCCCUCAGCAAGUUAACAUAAGCUCUGUAAGUUCACAAAGUGGAACAAACCCCGUACAGGCAGGCCUCGGUUCUCUACAGCAAAAUUCAAACACCCUGCAACAGUCACUUCCUAAACAACACGAGCACCAAAUGUUGCAGAACCAGCAACAAUUAAGACAGCAGUACCACCAUAGGCAGAUGCAACAGCAAAUUUAUCAAAGACAGCAGUUAAUACAACAGCAGCAAGCAAAGCAACAGCAGAAUGCGCUAAUGCCAACCCACCAGCUGUCACAGCUUCAUCAGAUGACUGAUCCUAAUGACCUGAAGAUGAGGCAGCAAAUGGGAAUGAAACCUGGAGUGUUACAGCAACAGCAGUCAGUUGGCCAACGUGUUGGAUCUCAUCAUCCCCAAUUGAAGCCAGGAAUAUCUUCACCUCAACUCCAUCAGGCACUAUCUCCUCAGCUUACCCAACACCCUUCUCCGCAAAUUGACCAACAAAAUAUGUUGGCAUCUCUUACCAAAGGUGGGACUCCUCUCCAAUCUGCAAGCUCACCAUUUGUUGUCCCAUCUCCUUCGACUCCCUUGGCUCCAUCUCCAAUGCCGGGGGAUUCUGAAAAAGUUUGUGCUGGCCUUGCAUCACAUACCACAGCUGGAAAUACAAUGCAUCAGCAAGCUACUGUUGCCUCUGCACCUGCACAAUCCCUUGCAAUUGGUACUCCUGGGAUAUCAGCCUCACCUUUGCUUGCUGAGUUUACUCCUCUAGAUGGUACACAUGGCAAUGUCUUAUCUACUGUUUCUGGCAAGCCAAAUGUUGAACAACCAUUGGAACGCUUGAUGAAAGUGGUUAAAAACAUGUCCGCCAAAGCAUUGGAUUCUUCAGUUAGUGACAUCAGUUCAGUUGUCAGUAUGAUUGAUAGAAUAGCAGGAUCCGCACCAGGAAAUGGAUCUAGAGCAGCUGUUGGUGAAGAUCUGGUUGCCAUGACAAAAUGUCGUCUCCAAGCGAGAAACUACUUUACGCAGGAUGGACCUACAGGAACAAAGAAAAUGAAGCGAUAUACGACUUCCAAUGUAGUUUCAUCAAGCGGCAGUUUAAAUGACAGGUUCUGGCAGCUGAAUUGUUCUGAAGCACCCGAGUUAGAAUCAACAGCAACGUCCGAUGUUAAAAGACCUAGACUAGAGGUUAAUCAUGCACUGGUUGAAGAGAUACAAGAUAUCAAUAGGAAACUUAUCGACACUGUUGUAGAAAUUUGUGAUGAAGGUGUUGAUCCAAGUGCUCAAACUGCUGCAACAGAGGGUGGUGAAGGCACUACUGUUAAGUGUUCCUUCACUGCUGUUGCAUUGAGUCCAAACUUAAAAGCACUGUAUGCUUCAGCACAAAUGUCUCCAAUUCAGCCUUUGAGAUUGCUCGUUCCAAUUAAUUAUCCAAACUGCUCUCCGAUUUUGUUGGACAAGUUUCCAGUUGAAGUUAGUAAAGAGUAUGAAGAUCUAUCCAUGAAGGCCAAGUCAAGGUUUAGUGUCUCUCUGCGAAGUCUUUCAGAGCCGAUGUCUUUGAAAGACAUAGCCAGGACUUGGGAUGCUUGCGCUCGUGCUGUAAUUUCUGAUUAUUCACAGCUAAGUGGAGGAGGAACCUUCAGCUCAAAGUAUGGUUCUUGGGAGGAUUGUCCGACUACAGCAUGAUCAAAGACUAAAUUAUGAGGUUUUCUUGACCCGCCUUUGGCCUUGCUCUCUUGCUGCUGCCUCCUAGUUACCGGUGGUGAACCGCUUAUUUAUCUGGCUGCUUCAGUUAAACUCUGAAAUUCCUUUGUAUAUACUGGAUUUUGCUGGAUAAUUUUUUGCACCCCCUUGAGUUGUUUUGCUUAAAAUGACAAUUUUGUGUUGGAUAUUUAUGAACUUAGUGAAAUUUACUCUUUAAAUCA